UGAAAUUCAAACUGGACAAAUAUUGGGGAGACCCAGAGAAAAUGAAUUUUCUGAUCUUUUUUGCAAAUGUGCUUGACCCAAGGGAGAAGUUUGAAUACAUGCAUUUUCAAUUGAAUGCCCUUUAUAUAGAACCAAAGGGUGUGAAGUUCUUUGAAAGUAUCAAGCUUGUUUUGCAUGAGUUAUAUAAUGAUUAUGUGUCCAACUACUCUGAUUCUGGUACUGGGAGCAUUAUUUCAAGCUCAACUCCCUCUCAAACACAAUUAGAGACGGUGUCUGCAAGACCUAUCUCCAAAUUGAAAACCUAGCUAAAAAAACAGAAGUUUGAGAAUGGGCAGUUGGGUUCGAAACAAAGUGAGUUGGAACUGUACUUGAGUGAGGCCAUAAUUGAAGAGGAUACAGAUUUUGACAUCUUAAGGUGAUGGAAGUUAAAUAGUGAGAGGUUUCUUAUCCUCUCAAAAAUGGCUAGAGAUAUUCUUGUUGUUCCAAUCUCUACUGUUGCUUCUGAGUCCACUUUUAGUACUAGUGGUAGAGUGUUGGACUGUUUCAGAAGUUCAUUAAGUCCAAAAAUUGUGGAAGCUUUAAUCUGCACUCAAGAUUGGCUAAGAAAUCAAAGUCACCCUAUCUCAAUUGAAGAAAAUAUAGAUGAAGUUCAAAGGUUGGAAACAGAAUUAAUUGAUGGUAAUGUUACUGGUGGUCCUGAUGGCUAUGUUGGUGGAUCUUUGCAGGAUCCUAUUGCAGUAAAAAUACUGCUUUUUUUACUUAUUUAUUGUUGAGCAUUAUAUAUGACUGAUUUUGUUGGCAAAUUUGAUUGUGAA